AUGGCAGAGACUGUCCAGUCGAAGCCGAUUACGUUGGACGCUCCAGCUUCGGCGCCAAAGAUUCUGAGCUUUCCGCUCAACGACAGGCCCAAGACAAACCGGAGACAAACUCCGAAGUCUCGGACAGGCUGCAUCACAUGCAAAAAACGGCGCGUGCGCUGCGACGAGGGGAAGCCAUCGUGUCUGAACUGCAGUAAAUCAAAACGUAGUUGCGAGGGAUACGCCCCCAAAACCAAGGGAAUUGAUGGCAGACUACAGGAAUACCGCCCACUCCUGAUUCGGCCCAACUACGAGACAUACAUGUUCACCGCGCAACUAGAGAAGGACCACUUCGAGUAUUGGAUGACAUUUAGCAAGCAAUUCACCCUGUUCCCGUCGGACCUUGUCACUCAGCUCAUCCCCCAAAUCGCCCGCGAAGAGCCCGCUAUCAAACACGCAGCGUUCGCCAUCGGCGCUGCCACUUUGGGAAGUGAUAGUCGUCGACAGCGGACUGUUGGUUCUGGGCCUUUCAUGAAAGAUGCUUUGCAGCAUUACGGAAGAGCCAUCCACAUCAUCCGAUCCAGCGCGUCAUCAAAAAGAAGCAUUCCCCGUGCUCUGCUCUCCUGCAUUCUAUUCGUUACAUUCGAGUCUAUACAGGGCAAUCAUCUAGCCGCACUGACUCACAUCAACCACGGCUGCACUAUGCUCGAUCAGGUCAUGAAGCAAGGCGUCAGUGGAGAGUGCCCACCAAAGCUAAUUGACGAGGUUAUUUCGGGUUUCCAGCGCUUUACCUUGUCGUCGUGGACGAUGAACGGAUAUCAUCCGCCCGAGACCGAAGCUUGGGUGCCUUGGUGCUGCCGUGGAAAGCGAAGCCGAUAUGCAGUCGACGAGCUGCCGAAGAGUUUCGCGACACUCUCAGAGGCUCACCGUUGGUGGGAGAUUAUUCAGCACUUCAUCAUUUAUCAAACGAAGAUGCACUCGGCAUUACAUUUAGAGGAUCUAAGGACUCCUACAAAUCUAACCAAGAUACCUAAAUGUCAGGUUAAGAGAUACAUGGGCAUUCUCGACCGGUGGCGCGCCCGGUUCCAGUUGUUGACGUCAGAAUCUUCGCCCGAAGCAGUGGACAACGAACAAGCACGACUACAAAUGUUGAGCCUCCAAUUGCUACACAAGUCACUCGUCAUAUCUGUCAAAAGCUCUCAGUUUACGAACAAAGAAGUCCUUCUAGAAUCAACAGAGGAGUUCAGUGAGAUCCUCGCCAUGAGUAGGAUGGUCCUCGAGGGACAACUCGGCAUGGACCAAACCAGAGAGGUUUUCACAAUGGAUUCCAGUCCGAGCUGGGCGAUCCUUUGUGCAAGCAUAUAUUGCGUUGAUGCAGAUGUUAGAAAUGAAGCGCAUUGUUUGCUGAGGGACUUUCCCCGCCGAGAUGGAAUUUGGGACACGAGGCUCUUCGCGGCGAUAUCAAAGACGAGCCAGGACCUCCGUGCAGAGAACGAUUGGAGUAUUGAUGAUCAUUUUGGUGCGGUGCUGGUCAACAAAGAGAUUGUUCUACACCAGGACGAAGUGUGCAGGAGGAAAUAUAAGCUAGCAGAUGGCAAAUGGCGUAUUGUGGAGGAGCAGCGGAUACCAGUCGCUUUGGAAUGA